CAAGUGGAGGAAAUCUUGAAGCAACUAACACAGAAGCCCAGUAUCAAAGCAUCCCAACAGUUAAGGGACCUUAUCGGCUGUUGGAUCAGUAUGAAUCACUUACCCAAGGAAGAAGCCCAAAUCCUGAAUUCCUUGGACCUGGAGAAAAAGAGCUCAGAGUUCACCUUGAAGACAUUGAAUGGACCGCAGCAUCCCACGUCCUCAACCACAUAUGGGAGCUCAAGCUUAUCCUCAACGCCAAGGAAAAAGACUUUUAUCACAGAGGACAGUUCAGCAAGGGCCUUUACUUUAAAGAUGCCCUUCCAGAAGUGACAAAGACAAAAGAAGCAUUAUUGGACCUCUUUAUUCGGGCACAGAACAUCAUACAACGAGUAAAAGACACACCGCCUUGAAGAAAGGAGCGUGAUGGACCCAGAGAAUCCAAAAGAAGAUCUAUCUUUAUCAGAAAUGUGGGUUGAGCCUCGGGGAGCCAUCCACCUGUCUAUAAAGAUAAGAUGCUUCCUCAUUAAGUAUUCUAGACUUAGCUGUAAAGGUCUAGACCUAGCUGUAAAAAGCAACUAGUGUGUAAAAUAAUUGGGAGAAAAACAAAAGAGAUAAGAACCCGUGAAUGUUGAUGGGGCCCAAUGAGCACCCAGUUCACGUUUUAGACUCUCUUAAGUUUUUCUAUAUAAACGUAACCCAAGCUCAUUGCUGGACACACAUCGCACUUCGAUACAAGUCCAACUUUGAGAUCUAAGUUUGUAAGUCUUUGUAACCUUAGUCUUGUAAUUUUCUCAAGUUCUCUUUAUUACACUAUCUAAGUUUGCAAAAGCUAAGCUUUGUUUCCGCACAAUUAUUGGUAUUAGAGCUAGUUUCUUAUGGCUGAGUAGUCCUUAAAAGGGUUAGGGUAUUCAGGUAGAAGGAAGAGAUGAGGUAUAAGCCUAAUUCCCAAGCUUGACAUUAAUAGAUAUCUUUCUUUAAAAUCUGUGCUUAACGAAUUGCAACUGUUGAUCAGUUAUAGUUAAGUAUGGAGGCAUGUCCAGCGAAUUGCAACUGUUGAUCAGUUAUAGUUAAGUAUGGAAGCAUGUCCAGCGAAUUGCAACUGUUGAUCAAUUAUAGCAAAAACAUGAACUGAUAUAGUAUCUUAUCUACUUAUUUCUGAAAAAAUUUUCUAUAGUAAUAAGGCGACCGAGGAACGACGAGUGGAUUGUAAAAGAACAGGUCCUAACUUGGCUAUAAAGGCAGGAAGCCUAGAGUAAGUCCAAGGGCACACCUGUGUGAGCAAGAAAACUUUUAGAACCUCCUAAGCUGUAAGCUAUAGAAAAUAUUUAAUCAGAAAUCCGUAGUAAAUGUCAAAAUGUUGGGAAGAGCAAAUACAAAAAUGGUACACCAAAUCUCACACUUCGAACCUUGAAUACCUUGACCUUGCCUUAAAACAAGAACAGCCAACCAAAAGAGAAUUAGCUCACAACCUGUCUGUAAUCUACGAUAGAGUUUGUUUAUCCUGUCGAGUACAUCUGAAAAAUUUUAAGCAACUCCAGGAACAAAUAGAAUUGUUGAAACUUGAAAAUCAAAAGCUAGUGAAAGCAGUAGAAAGUUUGACACAAGAGGUAGUUCAAAAUAAACCUCUCACUGAAAAACAAUUGAAAGAAAUAGUCUUGAAAACUGUGGAAAGACCCAAACAGACUGAAGAACAAGCCUUAAAAUUAUCUGAGGAAUUGAGUAAAAAGUUAAGUAGGGUUGAAAAACUACUGCAGAAGGUAGAAACUUGGGUUUCUACAUGAGCUUUAUAAAUACUCAAGCAACAACCUCUUAUAAAGAAGCUUUACAAGCAACGGAGGGUAUAGAAUCACUAGCUUUGGGAUUUUGCAAACCAUCUGAUUAUAAGGGAGGCAUAAGCAAUAAUAUUGCCCUUAUUAAACAAGCAAAUACCCAAAUUCAGCUACUUGUAACAAUUUUGGAAAAAUUUGAAGGUCUGGAAGAACAUGUUAAAAAACUCGAAGCAAAAAUAGUUCCUCAACAACCAAAACCUUUGCCUGAAAAUAUAAUUCAAAGCCUUACAGAAAAGAUUAAAACCCUUUCUAUUCAAGAAAAACCAAAAGAAGAAAAGGGAAAAUUAAGGGUUUUCACUGAUCCAUUUGUAAUAUUAAAGGAAGAAAGGGCUAAACUCAAGAAAUGACUACCCAAACUUCAAAUCCUUCUAUUACAACUCUCACAAGAGUAGCUGAGGAAGCACCCUUAUUUGAGGACCAGGUUAGAGAAUAUCGCCAAAAUCAGAGGAGGCGAUAUAAUGCUCAAAGAAGGAUUCAGAGAAUAACCAGAAGACUCACUGGAAGAACUUUUCAUAAUUCGUUAGAACAGCAGCUUGACCCCCAGGCACAGUUAAGGUUUAUCUAUGCAGGAAAGAGCAGCAAUAGUCCCUGCUGAAGUUCUUUAUCACUCCAGAAGAGAUGAUAUACACCAUCGAGUCUAUAUGCAUAGAUCUGAAGAAGCUAUGCUGGUUACCAGCAAUCAAGUUGAUAGAGCCUUUAUUCAACCGGAAAGUUUUAUUCAACUACAAAGGAGCGGUAUGCGAUUUCUACAUAUGGGAGUGAUCCAAGUUCGAAUACAAAUUCUUCAUCGGCAGGAAGAAGGGACUCUCGCAUUAAUUAUCUUUCGAGAUAAUAGGUGGCAGGGAGAUCAAUCCAUAUUUGCAACCAUGGAAGUUGAUUUAACUUAUGGAAGCCAGUUGGUAUAUGUAAUUCCUGAUACUAUGCUAAUCGUUUCUGACUUUUAUCAGAAUAUUCAAGUAUCCAUUAUUACAAGGGGCUAUGAGAACUGGCAAAAUGGUGAAGCAAACCUACUAAUUACCAGAGGAUUAGUAGGAACAUUAUCAAAUACUCCAAACGUUGGCUUCGCCUACAAUAUACAGAAUGUUGUAGAUUAUUUGACAAGUCAUGGUGUUCGAGCUCUUCCUGGACGAAGAUAUAACACCAGAGACAUUCAAGGACACAAUUGGGUAAUACGACAAUCAACGGUAAGAAUACCAAUGCAGCCCACGGAGGUAAAUACAAGAAACCUUCUAGAUGGAAGUAUUUCUUUACAAUUUGAUGCAUACCAACCUGCUACAACAUCUUCACCAGUACGAUAUAACUCUAAUGAAGAAAUUUUAUCUGAUGAAGAAGAGAUUACUAAUCAUACUAUUGCAGUAUUAAUAGAAGAAACAAUAAAAACAGAGGAACUGUUAGUUCAAAGAAUCACUCCUACAGCAUUAUUACCACAGCAAAAGAGUUCAGGAGCUGCGGGUUAUGACAUUGCUGUUGACCAAGAGUAUAAUCUUGAAGCACAAAAGCAAAUAAGCCUUACAACUGGGAUAUGUAUUCAAGUUCCCAAAGGAACUUAUGCACGAAUUGCUUCAAGAUCGUCAUACGCACUUCAAGGUGUCAUAAUUAUGGGAGGAGUUAUUGAUGCUGAUUAUCGAGGUGAAGUCAAAAUCCUAGCUUAUAACUCUUCUAAUUAUGAUAUUCAUCUCAAGAAACAGACAUUUAUUGCACAAUUAAUUCUGGAAAGAAUUUCAACCCCAUUAGUGAGAGAAGUGGCUUUAUUACAAAAUACACAAAGAGGAGAUCAGGGCUUUGGAUCUACCACCAUACAGGUAUGUUCCAAAAACAAAGCCAACCCUUUAUGCUCUGGGUGUUAUUACUGUUGCAGUGAUGAAGAUUGUGCUCAAGAAUAUGAUUUCUACAUACAAUCUGACAAAGGUAAAGCUCUUGUAUCACAAGAAGAGCAAAUGGAAAGACAAGCACGACGACGACAUAUUAUGCAAUACAAAUCAUUUGAAGAGGAAGCCUAUCAAAAUCUUAUUUGUGGUCCAAAAUCAUUACCAUUAGCACAAGCUGCAAGACAAUUACGAAGUUCCAGGGAGUAUCGACAACAACUACAAAUAUUACACUCCCCUCCUCUUGACACUGGAUCCUCACAGUCCUCUAGUUCUACACAAUUUUUAGCUGUUUUCAAUACUUCUGACACUGAUGACGAUGAUUACCUUGAAUAUCUUCAAUACCUAGCUUUACAGGAUGCACCAUCCCCCAUUGAAACUGAAUUUACCAACCCAUUCGCGAAAGGUGGUGGGGAUGAAGAUAAUGUUGCUGCUUCAGAUGAAGAUAUUAUUAUUGCUGCUGCUUCAACUUCACAUACAAAGGAUGAUUGGAUUUCUGACUAUCCUCAAUUACAGCAGCUCCAAGAAACUAUUUAUUGUCAAGAAGCAGCCUCAAAUUAUCAGCCUCCUGCUGAUACCACCAUGAACCCAGUAGGGUAUCCUCCUAACAGACAAAUGAAAGAAGAACCUGUAAGCCUUGCGCCCCCAAGAGAGCCACGAGGGACAUUCAAGAGAAAGGAAACCUCUGAAUGGUGGAACUUACCCACUGCACAUCAACAAACAGGGGCAAUACUCACGUUACCAACACAACUCAACAGAAUUGAAGAUGUAUUUCUGAGAUGGGAAGCUAUUACAAAAAAUGUUGUGGCCUUACAAAAUUUUGCUGAUACUCAAGACAAAGCAGACUUCAUUGAGAAUUUACUUGGAGAAGCAGAAAGGUUAACCUGGAUACAGUGGAGAAUGACCUAUCCAAAUGAGUAUCAAGAGUUGAUAAAUGCAAGCGAAGGCAGAAAUGGAACUCAGAACAUUAUUUCCCAAAUCAGAAGAAUAUUUCUUCUUGAAGAUCCAUUUCAAGGAUCAACCGAUAUGCAGGAUGGGGCUUAUAGAGAUCUGGAAAGACUAUCCUGCUCCCAGAUAAGUUCUGCUUUCAACGGCAAGCGCAAAAUGCUGCGGAAUUCACUGCAACACAUAUCUCCAUCUGAUCAAAUUGAGGCUGCUUUAAGCAGCAUCGGUCACCCAGUCACAGCCAGACCUGGAGAGUUAACUAUGGAAGACUUUGUUAACUUGCACAACUUAAUUGCAAAAGUUUAGGUACGUCAACCUUGUUGACUACCAAUGCAGAUGCCUCCUGGCAUAAAGACGGCCACACCUGAUGGUUGCUAGCAACUUCACGACAUCAAUCGAAAUACGAUAAACUAGGUUUAACUUUGUGCCAACCAUUGAUUGCUACAUGGAAGAGGUUUGUGCAAGAUCACCAUUCCACAUAGCGAGUUUUCAGAUAUAGAAAUUAACAAGGUGAAGUAUAUGCCGUAUCAAAUGGGUAGAAUAAUGGUUUCGUAAUCCUCCCCAGUUGAUAUGGUAAACUCAAAGUCUGAUCUUCCAGGCGAAAAAAAAAUAUGAUCAAUAGGUGCUGAAAUAACAUGAGGAGAGAGAGUCGUCUAUGGUCUGGAAUGGAGGGAAGAUGAGUGUACUUUUUAGAUGUAUUUUGUUUAUUUAAUUAUUUUUAAAUCUCAAAGGUAGUGCGUCAACUACACUUGAUUCAGAAUAGUUGGAAUUCAUGAUGUUUAUUCUAACUACUAAAUGGCUCAGAAUACACGGAGAGAAAUCGAUAAAACAUUUAAUGAAAUCCUUCCGCUUAAGUA